AUGGCUACAUCUCUAGCUGAUUUUCAUCAAAUGAUAAAAUUAUUUGGUGCUGAUACGGAUGAAAUGAAUGUUACAACAGCAGCACAUGAUGAACAUGAAGAAGAAGAAGAUGAUGAUGAUGAUAAUGAAACUGAAUUACAACUUGAUGAAGAAUCAUCACUUAUAUCAAGUGGUGAAGAAGAAAUAAUUAAAGAUAAUC